AUGGUGCCAUCAAGACCACGCGGCAUGGAGGUCGAUUCUUCACACUGGACAAGAUUUGCAUUCUUGGAUCUCUUCUCCCCCUACCUCAUCCCCUCACUUCAUCCAGAUCUUCAACACCACAUAAUGAGCCAGCUCCAUGUCGACAUCCAACAGCUGGCGGAGGAGUUCCAACAGAGCCACCCAGACCUUGUCUUUGGGCAUCAAGAUGAAUCCCCUGGUACCCACCAAAUUCGUAUUGAUACCACCAAUGAUAAUGCAAACUACAACACCCAAGUAGUGGACUCGGAAGAGCAUGCGGAUCCAAACGCAGAUGCAGAUGCAGACGCAGAUGUGGAUGUGGAUGCGGAUGCGGACGCAGACAUGGAUGUGGAUGUGGAUGCGAACUUGGAUGCGGACGUGGAUGUGGACGAGGAUGCGGACACAGAUGCGGAUGGAAUUGAUGAUGAUGAUGAUGGCACUGAUUCUGGCUUUGGACUUCAAGGCUCUCCCCCCAAGUGGAACAAGCAGAAGUUGUUGGAAGUUCAACAUCGACACCAUGUUUCUUAGUAUUCUUUUCCUUUAUUCGCCAUCACGGACUCUUUAGUAUAGCUUUUAAACUCGUUGUAUUGCACUGUUUGUACCUCAGCGGUUCUUUCAUCAAUGCUGAGGUAUAGUUCACAUUCACUUUGCAUGCCGUUUCUUGCU